UUCUCUGGCUAGCUGGCUCCCACUCCUCUACUCCCCCUCCUCCCACCCUUUCUUUCUUUCUCCCUUCCCUCCUCUCCCCUCCCCCAGCCAAGCCUCCCAGCACACUUCCCUUCCGCCGCCUCCCGGUCCCGCACCCUCCCCUCCCCUCCCCCCGCCUCCUGCCUUGUGACACAUCCUGGGCCCUCCCGGAGGCGGCAGCAGCAGCGGCAGCAGCGGCAGCAGAGGCAGCAGCACUAGCUACCACUCUGCCGAGGCCGCAACCCCGGCUCAGCCUCCCCAGGCCCCGCCGCUGCCGCAGUAAUGGCUGCUGACGGGGUGGACGAACGCUCGCCUCUGCUGUCAGCAUCCCACUCCGGAAAUAUCACUCCCACCGCCCCACCGUACUUGCAAGAAAGCAGCCCCAGAGCGGAACUUCCACCUCCAUAUACAGCCAUUGCCAGUCCAGAUGCCAGUGGUAUUCCAGUAAUAAACUGCCGUGUGUGCCAAUCACUAAUCAAUUUGGAUGGCAAGCUUCACCAGCAUGUGGUUAAGUGCACAGUUUGCAAUGAAGCUACACCAAUCAAAAACCCUCCAACAGGGAAGAAAUAUGUUAGAUGCCCUUGUAAUUGUCUUCUUAUCUGUAAGGACACAUCUCGACGAAUAGGAUGCCCGAGACCCAACUGUAGACGCAUAAUUAACCUUGGCCCAGUAAUGCUUAUUUCUGAAGAACAACCCGCCCAACCUGCAUUGCCAAUCCAACCAGAAGGCACAAGGGUCGUGUGUGGCCACUGUGGUAACACAUUCCUGUGGAUGGAACUGAGGUUCAACACUCUGGCAAAAUGCCCACACUGCAAAAAAAUCUCCUCAGUGGGUAGUGCGCUUCCACGAAGACGCUGCUGUGCAUAUAUUACAAUUGGAAUAAUAUGUAUUUUAAUUGGAGUAGGAUUAACUGUUGGCACCCAAGAUUUUGCAAGGCGAUUUCGAGCAACCUAUGUUUCUUGGGCGAUUGCUUAUCUCCUAGGGUUGAUCUGCCUUAUCCGAGCUUGUUACUGGGGAGCCAUAAGAGUCAGUUAUCCAGAACACAGUUUUGCAUAAGCUUGUUUAUUUUUCAGUGAUGCAGGUGAGAGUGUCUAGCAGUUCUUGGUAAGCUACUCUGGGCAUCUUUAAAUUAUUUAUCCUAAUGGAUUCCAUUCUGGUUUAUACAUAAUAGUUUCAAGACUUUGGGAGUCUUUUAUGAACAAAUGCUCAUUGCACUACAUUAUAUGCAAAUUGUUUUGCUGCUAGGUUUUCAUAAUUGUAAUAAUAAAGCUUUUUCAUGUUCUUUUACAUCUCUUAUAGAUAUUUUUGGAUCUGUUACCAAACAUUACAUUUACUCACACCCUUUCAUUAUUUUAAAAUCAGUUAUUUCAUUACUUGCUGAUAUGUGAAUAUUCCUAAGUGUUUAUAAAUAUUUCUACAAUAGUUUCACAUUUAUACUUACAUUUUAAUUAAACAGUAUCAAAAUUGCUUGCUUAAUACCUAAGCAAUAUGCAUUUUGCUUGAACUGCUUACUGUAACUUUAACCUAAGAUUAUAGUGACCUUAUUCAGGAAAAAAAUUUAGUGUACCUUCAAAGACUUGACAUUCUUGACAGAGAAAAAAACAUUUCUAGAUACUGUAUGCUUGUUUUUGUUGUUUGUAGAAAGAUACAAUAUUUUGGUAGUAAUUUAAAAUACAAGAAUGAAUAUUUAUUUGUCCACAGUUGGAGAUGUUGGAUAAAUGUCUUUUCUCAAAGAUCACAGGACUUUUGUCUUUCAUUUUUGUCUUUUUAUUUACCAGUUAGAAAAGAUCUGGUCUGGAUUUAUGGAAUUUAAUGUUUAUCAUUACAUGUUUUAUAAUACUUAACUAUUUAAUCAAAGAUAUAUUUACAUUGGGUUGUGCCCCUUUUCCUUAAAUCAUGGUACAUUUUUCUUAUUGAGGUAAUUAUGUACUACUGUACUUACAUUUGAAGAAGCUUAUGACAUUUUACAAUAGCUAAAAUAAUUGAAAUUGGAGGUAAUUUUACUAUUCUCCUCAAAGGUAACUUAUCAGAUAAUUACCCAAAUUAUUCAAGAAACUAGAUCAGAGAAGAAGAACAACGUAGUUUUCUAAGAAUUCAUUGAAAUUUAUGGAAUCAGCUCCUGCACUGCCCAUCUUUGCAGUUUUGAAAAAUAAAUUGCUUAAUUACAAAUGUUCUACAGUCUUUAAAUGUAGUCAAAUUAGACAGUGAGAUCGUCUGAGUAAACUAAUUGGUGAUUCCAGAGAUAAGACUAACAUUUUAAACUAUUUAUGUUACUGAUUAGUAUAAAGACGUACUCAUCCCAGAAUUUGGAGGAAAAUACAUGUACACUUCCAAGAGUAAAUGACAAAUGUAUAAAUGUGUUAGCUCAGGAUUAUAUGUACCUUUAAAAAUACACUAAUAAAGAUUAUUGUUCAAAAAUUA